AUGUACAUGUGCAUACCUUCUCAACACAUUGAUUUCAAUUUAGCACGAACUCAACGGCGAUCAUAUCGAAAGACCCAAAAGCCUCCCACACCGAAGCAAACUCACCAAAUGGUUCUAAGAUCAGCACGCUACGGGCACUGGUGCCGAUUAAUAACUUGCAAACCUCGAAGCCACCGGCUUCCGAUUACAAGAAAGCACGAGGUUUGUAUGCAACGGCUUCCCCAAAUUAGUAUCCGCACCUUCAGUUCUUCGACCAGUCCGAUACCACCUUCAUUUGCGCCAAAGCCCAUUGUUGCGACGAAACCAAUCCGCGAGAAUCCUGGUUUCUACUCCCAGAAUUGUUUAAACAGGAACCUGCCACUAGAGUCAACCUAUCCUAUACGUAUUAAAAAGCUUUCCGAUAUUCUUUUUGAACUACGCAGUUCCCUCAACUUGAUGCGAGGGAAGCAGAAUGUACUGGGUGCAAAAAUAAAAGCUGCUGCGCUUCGAAGAAAUGAGGAACCCGAGGAAUGGAAGGACCUUCAGGCACAAGCCAAGGUGCUGAAGCGACAGAUAUCUACUCAAGAGGCCGUAGAGCAACAGCUUGAGGAUGAAAUGAACAUGCUUGCGGCGCAAUUACCAAAUCUAACACACCCAGAUACUCCAAUACAGGGAAAACUGAAUGUGGUUGAAUACAUAAACAAGGGCAAACUUCCGGCGAACUCGCAAACCCUUCCGAAAACCACUGAAAAACAAAUUCCGGAGCUUCUAUACCGCGGAGCCCCAGGUAUUUCUCACGUGGAAAUAGGUACCGAGCUUGGGAUACUUGAUUUCUCUUCCUCGAGCAAGACGUCUGGUUGGGGUUGGUAUUUCCUUCAUGGGGAUGCUGUAUUGUUGGAGCAAGCGUUGAUCCAGUACUCUCUGGCUUGUGCGAGAAGCAAAGGAUGGAACCUAGUAAGCCCGCCGUCAAUAGUAUAUACCCAUAUCGCGGGGGCGUGCGGGUUUAAACCCCGAGAUAACAACAAUGAACAACAAAUAUAUCACAUCAGCCAAGGUUCCGCCUUCGAAGGUUCGCAAGACUCAUCCCGGCCCGAGCUUUGCCUGGCAGGCACAGCGGAAAUACCAUUGGCUGGCAUGUUCGCAAAUACCGCGCUCCCGAAAGCGAAAUUUCCCAAAAAGAUGGUAGGAGUAUCACGAUGUUACCGAGCGGAAGCAGGGUCACACGGCUUAGCUACCAAAGGAUUGUAUCGCGUUCAUGAAUUUACCAAGGUUGAGUUGUUUGCAUGGACAUUACCCGACCCGGAUUUGUCGGACCAAACGUUCAACGAGAUAUUAGACCUCCAAAGAGAUAUAAUUACGAGCUUGGAAAUACCAGCUCGUGUCAUUUCCAUGCCCUCAGACGACCUUGGGGCUCCCGCAUAUAGGAAAUAUGAUAUCGAAGCGUUUAUGCCCAGUCGGAAGGGAGAAAAAUAUGGGGGUUGGGGCGAGGUUACAAGCGUCAGCGAGUGUACGGAUUAUCAAGCUCGAAGGUUGAACGCUAGAUGCAAGUAUCCUGAUGGUAAGUUGGGUUUUCUUUGGAGUUUGAAUGGUACAGCCCUCGCAGUUCCAAGGAUAAUUACAGCGAUUCUGGAAAACAAUUGGGAUGGUGCCAAGCGAGAAGUUCGUAUUCCUGAAGUUCUUCGACCAUAUAUGGGUGGCCUCGAGCUCAUUAAGAACUCGGAAAGUGCACCCUAG